AUGUCUUCUUUAUUGCCACUCGCAUCAUACAACUUGGAGCUGCAGCCAUUUUCUCCAGAGCCUUGCCAGCCUGAAGAUUUCCCAGUCACCGUCAGACUGACCCUCGCAGCCGUGAACCCAGAACCUUUCGAUGACAAGGAAGAACCAUCCACUUUAAGAAUUUUGAAAAAAUCUAUCAAUCUCGAUGACUAUGAUUCUGAGGAGGAGAACUUUGAUGAUAGCGAUGAUAGUGAGCAAGGAUCGGAAGAUGAUUCUGAAGAUGAAGGCAAAAUUCAGGAGAUUGAUGAAAAGGACGAGGAAGGCGAGGGCGAAGCAGAGAACAAAAGCGACGAUUCUGAUGAGGAGUCAGAAGAAAGCUCUCAAAGCGAAUCAGAAAACGAUGACAUUGAAGAUGAUGAUGCAAUUGAAGAACAUAUCAUUUGCACGCUUUCGCCAAAAACCCAGUUCCAGCAAACUCUGGACUUGACUAUUUUGCCAGAUGAAGAAGUUUAUUUUGUCGUUACUGGCUCUUAUUCCAUCCAUUUAACCGGUAAUUAUGUUGAGCACCCUUAUGACCAAGAAGAGGAUGAGUAUUCUGAUGACAGUUCCGAGGACGAUGAAGACUUCGAUAGCGAUGAGUACGAUCUCACCCCUGACGAAGACGAAAUCAUUGAGGGUGAAGAUUUUGAUCUUGACGAUCUCGAAGGUGUUGAUGAUAUUGAGGGUAAGAUCGAAGAGCUUGUUGAGGAAGAUCAGAAAGCUGGUAAAGGUGAGAAGAAGAGACCAGCUGAAGGGGAGCCAAAAGAGGUUAAUGAGUCCAAAAAAUCGAAGAAAGAACUCAAAAAGGACUCCAGAGAAGCCAAAGAAGCUAAAAAAGAUAAGUCAGUGAAAUUCAACAAAGAGCUUGAACAAGGACCUACAGGUCCGGCUAAGCAGUCUUCCAAUUCCGAGGACAAGAAAAAGUUUCCCACUAAGACUCUGCAGGGUGGUGUGACUAUUGAGGAUCGAACUGUCGGUACGGGGCCAGUUUGCAAGAAGGGACAAAAGGUUGGUGUCAGAUACAUCGGAAAAUUGAAGAACGGAAAAGUUUUUGACAAAAACACUUCAGGCAAGCCAUUCGUUUUUGCUUUAGGCAAAGGUGAAGUCAUUAAAGGUUGGGACCUCGGUGUUGCUGGUAUGGCUGUUGGUGGUGAAAGAAGAAUUGUAAUUCCUGCAGCCAUGGCUUAUGGAUCUAAAAAGCUUCCUGGCAUUCCACCAAAUUCUGAGCUUACCUUUGACGUCAAGCUGCUGAGCAUCAAAUAG